ACUCAUUCAAAAAACAUGGAGGUGCUCCCGUAGAAGACGUCGUUGAAGACGUUGAAGUGUUUGUCUUUGUUUACGUGUCGAAAUAGUCGUUCGAAACUAUUGAAAAUAACGCAAAGUGUCUUACUGCGGUUUAUGAAAUUCAUUCAAAAGUAUAGUGGCUUAAUAUUUUUGAUAAAUACUCAUUAGUGCGUACUGUUUGAAAUGAAUAACGGGGAAGUUGGAGGAUCUAGAGGUAGAGGCCGUAGUUGGCAAAAUCCCGAUAGUAAACCUCGUGAGUUGCGCCGGCCUAAAUCCGUGGCAGAUGAAACAAAAGUUGCACCUCCUGUAUCAACACUGUCUGCAGAAGCUAAAGAAUGGUAUCCCCCGAACUAUGUACCACAGUCCCCAGUGAAUUACAAUGCUGAGCCUGUAAGAGCACCACGCUACUCCGUUCAGGAUAGAAUCCGACAGGCACAAGACCAAAACCCAUAUACUUUUGAAGACAUGUCAUAUACACUCGAGGAGCCUGAAAAUAUGAAUAUGAGAGAGAACAUAGCAAACCUGAUUACAUUUAUGUGUGAGAUAACAUUUGAUCCCGGCAAAUUCGACACUCUGUGUGGCCCAAUAGUUGAUACUUUUGUUUCAACUUUGAGUGAUGCCAGCUAUACAAGACCUCUUGUGGAAGCCAUUGUUAACCAAUCCAUUGCUGAGUCAAACUUCCGCUACAAUGGUGCCCGACUUUGUUCAAUAUUCGACUCUGUUGCCUCACCUGAAGAAUCAACUUUCCGAGCAUGUCUACUUGAGCGCUGCUCUGCCGAAGAGAACAAGAUUAUAAGUGGCUUAGAGACCUCCGAGGAGAAUAUGCGUGGCUUUGCUAUGUUCCUGGCUGAAAUAUAUACUCAACUGGAAAACAGCCAGGGUGGUAGAAUAAGAAACUUAGGAGAAAGCCUCUGCAAAGUUCUACUGCAUCUAUUAGAUACAGACAAAGAAACGAACAUAAAGUCAGUUUGUCAAUUGCUCAAGUUGUCGGGUAUAGCGCUGGACGCCGACUGCCCGGCGAGUAUGCACGCAGCGUUCGAGCGCCUCAAGUACCGCGCGGAGAUGCCCUGCGUGCACCGCGUCAUCGCUCUGCGCGCCGCGCGCUGGGGCACCGCAGACCCCGAGCCCGACCCGCCCGCGCCGCAGCCCAACUCGCGCCGUCUGAACCCGAACGGCGAGGCGGAGGGCACGAUGGGCGGCUACCUGGCGGACGGGCAGUCGCUUACGCUGGAGGAGCGCGACUUCCUGCAGAACAACCUGCCGUCCAAGCCCGCCGCGCUCGACAUCGACAUACUGGAGGAGCUGGAGAACGAGGCGUGGGACACGGGCAUGGACGCGGAGAUGCAGGCCGGCUACCUGGAGUUCCUCCGCAUGUCCAACCAGAUCAAGCGAUAACCGUGCACGCGCACCAACCGCACCACACAGAUCACAAUGCGUCUACACUAGGACAAUGGUGAACAAAACUAUACAACAAAAAAAAUAACAAAAUUUUAUAAAACGAUAAUAAAAAGAUUCGUCUGUGAAGGCUUUGUAAUAACUCUAGAUUAUAUAAUAAUAAUUAAAUAUAUGAUUAUGACGUAUUCUACAAAGAGAAAAUUGUGGUAGAAUCCGACACUGUAGCUCAUCCGACGUAUUCUCACCGACCGAUGUGGAGUCUCAGUCGCCGCACAAACAAACACACACACAAUAAUGUUGUCAUUAAAAGUAGGCAAAACAUAAUCUGUCAAUAUAAUAUGAUCUAUAUUGACAAUGUAUAGCUUAAUAUUGUGCAUGUGUGUAAUAAUAUAAAAUCUACUGCAAACAUGCCCUAUUGAUUAACAUAGACAGCACGAGUCCUACAAUCGCUAAUUACGUGCAGUGGCAUACAAUACUAUUUCUAUGACCAUGAUAAAAGAGUUUACAAAAUUUGGUAAAUAAUAUAUAAUUGGCGUUGAGCAUAACCUCUUCGAUUUUGUAUUGACUUGGCCUAGAUUUUUAUGAAUUUUUGUAGCGAAUGACAUGGAAUUAUUAAAUUAAAAAUUAAAAAAAAAAUCAUUGUAGCACAGUUUACCUGCAUGAUAUAAUGAAUAUUACUAAAUGACAUGUAGGAAUGAAUAUCUUUGUUAUAUGAUUUGAGGUUUUGUAUUGAGUAGAUUACGAAAUGGUAGUAGAAAAAAGAUGAUUACAAUCUUACAAUAACAGCUAUUCACAGAAUUUUAUUCAGUUUAUCAAAAUUAUAUGUUCUUUGAGGGUGAACGUUCACGUGUGUUGCUUACAAAUUUUUAUAUAUACUCAGAGGCACAAUUAUCCGCCCACUUUAAUAUACUCGCGUCAUACUAAAGUGGGCGGAUAAUUGUGCCUCUGAGUAUACAUAAGUACUGACUAAGCACAUCAUACGUCGGAUAAGGUAGAGUGUUGCCAAUGUGUUUCUUCCAUAAAAGUCCGUGCAGCACUAAAAAAAAACAACCUUAUUAUACAUAAACAUAAUAAUACAGUACCUUAACUUAAGCAAUAAUAUUAAAAGCUAAGUAAUGUAGGUUUUCAACCUGUAUCCCGUUUCAUUGCAAUAUUUUAUUCUAAACGAAAUAGGCGUAUAUUUAGAUAUUGAGAAUUGAAUAUUUAAAAAAAAAUAUUGUCCGUUCAUUCUUUGUAGCUCGAAUAGAAAAACUUCCCAGUAUGUAUUUUUUUUUUUGUGUUUUGUAUCUUUUUUUUAUACAUUGAUUUAUGCUCCAUUUUUGACAAUUCAAUUAUGUGUUAUUAAAAUUUAUUUUAAUUAUUAUACUACUUACUUAUUUUUUAUUAUGAGCUAUGAACAAUGCAAUUGUUAAAGGACCUUAAUGUAAACAAAUGAGCACUCAACAUAGAACUUCCAAUGAAAAUCUAGCAAUAACUUUAUCAUUAACUUUAAUUACAUAUUUUAUAUCGAUAUUUAGCAAUGGUGUCCUGUUGUAGAACUUAAAAAUAAAUCCCAUUUUAUAUAGAAGUCAUAGUGGUACAGUCAAUGGUUGUUUUGUAAUGCCCUAGAAUUGGUGCUGUUAUCGAAAAAAAAUGCCCAAAAUACAAUCGGAUAUGCCUUGCUACAUAUUUUUGGUGAAGAAUUUAAUGAAAGUGAUGUAUUAAAAGUAAAAACUAGAUUUAUAAAUUACUAUAUUGUAAUAUCAUAGUUUUCUGUGAUUUUGUCCAGUAUGAAUAUAAUAAUAAUUUCAAAUGUUUUGAAUUAUAAAUUUAUUCAUGAGUCAUCAGUCGUUAUUGCUUUAACAUUGUCAAAUUUUUGCCCAAGAAAUAAUAAAUCAGUUUUGUAUAAACAGGCUUAUGUAGUAAUUUUUUUUUAAUUUUUAAAUGCUAUAAAACUAAAUUGUCUGGCCAUAUUACUGCUAUUUUAAUUCGGGAAGUUCGUUUUGGUUUGAAAAAUGCCGUAACACAUUAUAAUGCUUAAAGCCACGUACGUAAAGUACCACGUAAAGUACAUUACGCGACCGUCACAGUAUGGAAAUUGCCACUAAGCACUCAGUUCACAGUGCAUUCCUUUUUUAAAUGAAAUCAAAGUAAUAAAAUGAAAGUGUAAUGAAAAAGCAUAUUUAAACCCCGAUUGCGUCUACAUUAUAAACGCGCCGUAUACUGGACACAUUUGAAUAUCGGAGUAAAGCUCGCUGCAUAUGUACUCGUAACGUGAUCUAUCUCGGACGCAACUUUGGACUAUUGUCGUACCCACUUCUAAUAGUCUUUCCCAACUAGUUGGAGGGGAAUGGGAAUAUUAGUCAUAUUUAAAAUAUAUGGCAAAUAUUCUUUAUAAAAAAAACUGGGAAAUGCUUUUUCACACAAAAUGCACGAAAGUGUAUACGUGGUGGGGGGAUGGCGACGUGUAGGCCUAGCAUGCGUCAACGGCUCAGACUAAAUUACAUAAUGGCCUGCCUCGCUUGACGUUACUAUUCUGUCAAAGUAUAUGAUCAACGAUCUAAUGCGAUUAUAGAAACUGUCCCCAUAGAAUCGAUGUUUCAUAAUUUCGUCGUUUUUUCGUCGGUUAAAGAACUUCGUAAAAAUACCUUUUUGUGUAGUUGAAUGGUGUAAAAAACGGUCAAAAUCUUCUAGUAUAUUAUAAGAUGUAUACCAAAUCUAAGCUCGUUUUACUCAAAAAAUUACAGACAAUUUUGUUCGUGUAUUCGGGUGAGAACUUGUAAUUAGUCUGAGGUCAACGGCAUAUCUCGUGAAGAGAAAAAUAAACAUAUUUUCGACCAAUAAUAACAGAGUUGUCAGUGGCCCAGUUCUUUUGUCCCACUGCAAUGACAGGAUAGUGAUAUUUUCGACUCGCUAUUGGUACUUUCUCUUGUCUAUCACGAACUAUGUCUUGGAGUGUAUCUUAGGCCGAGUGGUGUCACGUACCGUCGCCGCUCCGUCCACGUCCUAACCCCGUUCCAUAUGCAGCGACCCUAAGCCCCCCACUCGCACAAGAGUUUUUUUAACGGACGUUAAAAAAGGGCUCAAAUACAACAAAUGCAUUCACAAGUAUAUGUUCACACGACAACGUUUUUAAAACACGAUGCUAUUUUUCGAGCAGUGUUGCAUUUUCAAUUUUGGGCGUUGGAAAUAGACCUUCAUUUAACUGCAAACUAUAUUUGAACUCUUUUUUUUAACGUCCGUUAAAAAUAAUUUGGUGCAUAUGAGGGCUAAGUCAUUUUGUUCUUGUUUACAUUAUAGUCUUGUACCCUGUGUAAUAAAAAAAUUGAAAUAUUUAAUGAUCUCAUUACCUCUCCAUUUAUUUUGUCUAAUUCAUGACAAUAAAUGAAUUUUCGAAAAUGUACUUUCAUGAUCGCGGCAAUGCCUAAUAUCGAUAAGCACGAUUCCUAACAUAUCACACAAUUUAUGCUUAGGUAGCAGCACAAAGUAUUUUUUUUUAAAUACCCGCUAAAAGUCUCCAAUUUGUAAUGUUUACCCUUACAGGUAGAACAUUCCGGUUAACGUUUUGUGACGUUGUGAACUCACUUUACUCUUGCAUUUUAUUAUUUCUAGUAUUUAAUAUAACUUUGCCAUAAAUUUAUUGUUUAGUUGUGAUUGUAUUUUUAAUAAAUUUAGGUACUUUUUCACGUGAUGGUCAAAACUCAAAUUCCAAAUCAUUUAUUCUUAAAAAGCAAAAACCUACUCUGAUAAAUUUCCUCUUGCCCCAAGAAUAAAUAGAAGUCAUACAAACUAUUACAAAAACAAUUUUUAAAUGUUUCACUGCCGUUUCGGCUUAUCUUGCGGUAUUUUUAAGACAAAUUGUUACAUUUUAUCUGUUGUCCUCUUUACAUAUAAAUGCUUGUAUGAUAUGGUUGGAACAGCGUGUUUGUGCUCAAAGCGAAAUAAGUCCUAAUUGCUGUAAGUAGGUAUAUAUAGAGAAACACUGUAAAGGUAGCAUUUCGCAAAGAGACGAAGUAUUAUUGCUCCAAUAUAAAAUGAAUUUUGUGUGUAGCUAGAUGAAAUAUGUUAGAUCAAUUUGUCGGAAUGCAAAAAUUAACGCGUUACCUGACUUCAUUGGAUAUUUUAUUUAUUCAAUUUAUUCGCCCCUAGUCCAAUUUGUGAGAUAUAAACGUGUUGUGACUUAUAUAUUUGUGCUCGAAAAUCGAAAUAUCGAAUGCCUUUACAGCUGGCAAAAAAAGAGUAGAAAUUAAUAGAGGUGCACUAUCGCCAUUAUGGCAACACGAAUACAAGAAACGUAAACGUAACCAUAACAACAUACCGUGCAGACUACAUUAGUAUUUUAGUCGAGUACAAAUGAUUUUUGGGCGGUAAAUCCAAAAUUGUUUCUACUCGACUGAAAUACUAAAGUAAGUCCGAACUAGGUCUCAAAGCCGACAGAAUAAUCACUUUUGACAGCAUAGACACUAUAGACAAGUCGAAUAGUGUUGUAAGAGGGAAAAAAAAGAUUCUACACUUUUUUUUGCCAAGCUGUACAUCUACGUCCGCAUUCGAGAUUGCGGAUGAAUACGUAGAUGCGGAACAUCCGCAUUGCGAAUGCAGCUGCGUAUAUUAGUAACAUAAUAAGCAAUUAGCAAUAAAAUUAAUUAGUAUAGUAUUUUACCAUUGAACUUCUACUGACGUGGAUUCUGCGUUCGUAUUCCAGUCUCGAUAAAUAACGGCGCCAAAUGCCACCUUUAUAUUGAAACUUAAUGGCGAUUCUAUUAAGCAUUCUUUAAAGACAUAAUAAUAAAUUAAUUUUUGAUGAUUUAUGCAAUGCGGGAUUUAUUUAUUUGAAGCAAUUAGGCGAAUGUUUAUAAUAUUCCAUUGUAUUUUUGUUGCAGUGAUAUUAUGAAUGUUAUAAGAAUAAAUGGAUAUUUUAAUAAAAGUCAUUUAAAUAAA